AUGCCAAUUGCUCACAUUGUAGUCUGGAAAUUAAAAAACAAGGACGAGGAGACUUUGAACUUAUUCAAACCGCUAUACAAACUCAACGGUCCAACCAAGCUGACGGUUGGUGAACCAUUGCGUCCCGAGAAAAGCGCUGGUUAUAACUACGGACUUUACUCAACAUUUGAGAGUAUGGAUACACUCAACGCUUAUUUAGUAGACCCAGACCAUGUCAAGAUCGUGGAAUCAAUUAAGCCACACGUCGAGGCUGCUGCUGCUUUCGAUGUCGAAAUUUAA